CUCUAUUUUCUAUUUCCGUCGCGUCCCAGCAUACGUACACUAUUGCCAAAACUCAUAGCAUAUACAGAAGAAGGUAGAAAGAAGUAAGUAACCUACGAUACCAACAUGACAGAGGCAGAGGUUUUCGUCUUCCGAGGAACACUGCGUGGCCACACCGACACUGUCACCGCAAUAGCCACCCCAGAGAACAACAACAACAACUCCGACAAAAUCAUCGUCAGUUCCUCCCGUGACAAUUCCUUAAUCGUGUGGCGCCUCACUAAGGAAUACUCAAACUCUUACGGUGUUCUCCACCGCAGGCUAACCGGUCACUCUCACUUUGUCAGCGACGUCGCUUUAUCCUCCGACGCCGAUUUCGCCGUCUCCGCCUCCUGGGACGGCGAGCUCCGCCUCUGGGACCUCUCCACCGGCGCCACCAAGCUCCGCUUCAUCGGUCACGCCAAGGACGUCCUCUCCGUCGCGCUCUUGAACGACAGUGUUAUAAUUUCCGGCUCACGUGACCACACCAUCAAGGCGUGGAACACGUGCGGCACGUGCAUGUCGACGGUGGACAACGGCAGCGGUGACGGUCACACGGAUUGGGUUUCAUGCGUGCGGUUCAUUCCGGACGCGGCGCCACCGAGGUUGGUGUCGGCGUCGUGGGACGGGAGCGUUAGGGUUUGGGACGUGGACGUGGACAAGGGCGCGUUGGGGAAGAGGUUUACUCUCUCCGGGCACGAGGGUUACGUGAACGUGGUGGCGGUGUCACCGGACGCGUCGUUGGUUGCGAGUGGGGGAAAGGAUGGGGUGGUGCUGCUGUGGGAUAUGGCGGGUGGGGUGAAGAUUUAUGAGUUUGAGGUUGGUUCGGUUGUGCAUGGGUUGUGGUUUUCUCCAAACAGGUAUUGGAUGUGUAUUGCCACGGAUGAGAGUGUUAGGGUUUGGGAUUUGGAGAGUAAUAGCAUUAUAAAGGAUUUGAAUGUCAAUGGUAACAACGACCACUACAAUUAUAUCAAUGGUGGGACUGAAAUCACUGCCAACAACAAGGAUAUUUAUUGCACGAGUAUGAAUUGGGAUGCUGAUGGGAACACGUUGUUCUGUGGUUACACCGACGGUCUAAUCAGAAUAUGGGAAGUCAUUAGCUGAGCUUCUCGGUGAUUUUUCAGUUGCUGACAUGUUUUGAUUUUUAGGGGUAAAUUUAGAUUUGCAUUUGGUUUCUUUUUCUUUUUCCUUAUUGGUUGAAUGGAUUCUCAUAAAUUUAAGGUAUGCUUGAUUCAAUUAGACAAUUACUAUUUCGUAGUUUGAUUCGAGAAAUAGACUACAUAAAUUGUGUAAACUUUUGAUGAAGAGUUCACGUAUAGAAAUUGAUUUAGUUUUAUUUUA